AUGGGUCGGCUCGCGCGGAGACGGUUGCGGUUUCUGGCGGUGGCGGUUUUCAUUACAGGGGUGCCCUUCCUCGUUGUGCAACACAACAUGAUCACGACCGAGGAUCUCCAGAUGUGUGCAGAGAUACGGGCGGACCUACAACCAGAUGUGGAAUCAGACUUUCCCACUGUAAAGGGUGUGCGGCCGCGGAUACCCCACAUCAUUCAUCAGACAUACCGAAACGAGACCGUGCCGUUUAUACUCAGGGAGUAUGCGCGCUCCUUUAUCGCCAACCACCCAGACUGGCAAUACAAGUUCUGGUCCGACGCGGACGGAAGACACCUUAUUCAAGAGCGGCACCCGUACCUCCUUCAAACGUGGGAUGGAUAUCAGCAGAACAUCCAGCGAGCAGACGCUCUUAGAUACUCGGUCUUAUAUGAGUACGGGGGAGUCUAUGCGGAUUUGGACGUUGAAAACUUGCGACCGUUGGACAGAGCGACAAUGAAAUAUUCGUGUAUUAUUCCCACAGAGCCAUUUGAGCAUUCCAUAUUUUUGUACAACUCACCAUACUUGAUAAACAAUGCUUUCAUAAUGUGCCGUGCCAAGCACCCAUUCUUUAAGCAGGUGUUGUUGAAUCUAGUCAAAACGUCCACAAUUCAAACGACGACAGCAGAUAAUCAAGUGAUGAUGACAACUGGUCCUUUGUUUUUCACAAACGAGUUUAAUAACUUUAUGGGUAUUGACCAAGAAAGCACUAACAUAUACAGGAAAAAGACAGACUGGAGUAGCAAUUCUCCUUACUUUUACAAAGGAGAAAGAAAAGAAGACGACGAAGAUGGUAUUUAUGUUCCUAAUACUCGCUACUUCACAGAUGAAGUAGACGAUUACGCGGCCGGCGUAGUUGAAAACAUGUGCAAAGACCGUUUCCGUCACUGUGACAACGUGUUACUUCAGCGGGGCUGCGUGGAGGCUGAAGCGCGCGGGCUCAACCGGAAGCACAGACUCUAUACUUUCAAUGGUGACGCGGCCAAUGAACGUCGUGCGACAGACAACAGAAAACGAAUAUGCAAAUGA